GUGCCUGUGAGUGUAUGAGGACCUGCAAAAAGGAGUAACUUAUGUUGUGUGGGUGUGUUUUUUUUUUUUGUUGGGGGGGGUUUACUGGGAACCUUUCGCCUCUUCUGGAUCCCUGAUUGGAGGCCUCGGCAGCCUCAGGAGAUUUUUAAAAGCCCAGCCCAGGUGAGCUUGAGUACAUAAGGAGACGAGUUGAUGAGUGGAGUGGCUGAACCUUGUCAUGCGUUAUAGUUAAAUAAGGGUGCUCUCUUGACCUCUCUGUUUAGCCCAGCUGAAAACAAUUCGCUAAUCAGGAAACCAUUACUACUGAGUGCCUGCCAGCACUGAUAACUAGUCAAGUUCUGGCUCAGUGAAACAUUUCCAGAGGAAGUCCACAGUGCCUAUUGACUGAAAUCAAAGUUCGUCCCUGGCUGGGGACAGACUGCCUAAAAGAAUCAUUACCAGGGGACUUCUGCCGUGGCCUGUUCGACACUGGUGAGCCUAUUGAGGAGACUUUGAAGACAAUCACACUGACCGGAUGAUGCUCAAGAUCUUCCUGAUCCUCCUCGUCCUCCAGGGUCUGGUGGUAAACGCGUCCUCCUCUUCAUCAUCGUCUGAGGAGGAGGAGGAUGAUGAUGACAAUGGGAGCAGUGAGAAGGAGAGCAAGGGGCAUCAUUCUAAGGGUCACGGUGUUCCCUGGGGCUACAAAGAUCAGACGGCCUGGACCUUCAACUUCACACACUGCAGUGGAAAGUCCCAGUCUCCCAUUGACAUUGAUACCAGGAAGGCCAUUCAUGACCCCAAGCUGCCACCCAUAACCCUGGAGGGUUAUGACCUGACUGAUGACUCGGCGCUGACUCUUUGGAACAACGGACACACCUUAGAGCUGAUUCUGCCCAGCACCAUGCGCAUCGUCACUGGGUUUGACCACGAGUUCCGGGCCGCCCAACUGCAUUUCCACUGGGGAACACCAGAAGUGCCGGGAUCCGAACACACCAUAGACAACGUCCAUUUCCCGGCAGAGAUUCAUGUGGUUCACUAUAACUCCAAAUAUGCAAAUAUGUCAGAGGCAGCCAGCAAAUCAGAUGGCCUUGUUGUCUUAGGGGGCUUCAUUCAGAUUGGUCUUCAUGAGAAUGAAAACUAUGAAAAGAUACUGGCUGUUAUUACUGAUGUCAGCAGUGAAGAGGCUAACACUGAGAUCCCUGGCUUCAACGUCCGUCAUCUGUUGCCCAACAACCUGGAGCGUUUCUACAGAUACAACGGUUCCCUCACCACUCCUCCCUGCUAUCAGACGGUCAAUUGGACCAUAUUCAAUGAUACCAUUACAGUGUCCAGGAAGCAGUUGAAAGCCCUGGAGAACACCUUGAAAGCUGGCCAAACGGAGCACUUAAACAAGAACUUCAGAGCACCUCAGCUUCUAUAUGGAAGACAAGUCCUAGCUUCCUUCCAGAACCCUCCCAGCAUAAUAGGUUCUGGGAAUGGAAGGAUUGGAGGGAGCAAUACAUCAUCUGGACUAUCUGAGGGCCUGUCAAGAGGUGAUGUUCUGGCCAUAGCCUUUGGGGCUCUAUUUGCCCUCACCUUGCUUUGUUUCACGUUCUACAUAUGCCAGCAGCACAAAAAAUACUCAAGUAUCACAAAAGACUCAAGACAGAAUGUUAUCUACAAACCAGCAAUGAAAGCAGAGGCAUAGACAUCACUGGAAAGGAGUCCCCUUCAUAUUCAAUAUUCUACCAAUUUUCAAUAAGAAUAGAAGCUGAAUUGAGAGAAUUCAUAUUGGUCAAGCCAGUUAGAUAUUUGCUCCAAUAUAAAUGUCAUAUAGUGUGAUCUGUGCGUGAGAUGUCUAUUAAUAGCUGUGUGUAGCAGCUCUGAGAAUGGAUGUGUACAAAUGUUCUCUAUUUAUUGUGAUGGAAAAAUGUAGAUGAAUACCAGAGGGGAAGUUAGGUGUCUGAUCCAAUGUAAUGUCUUUCCUUUUGAAGAAAGUCAAUGUACUGGAGCUGCAAGAAAGUGUUAUAUUGUUGUAUUGGUUGAUGUCAUGCAGGCAAUGUUUCAUGUGAGUAUUGUAAUUAUGAUGGUGUUGUAUAUCAUUUUACAUCUGUAUGUGCUUGCAUUUAAUAAGCCAAGUGUUUUUGGAGUUUACCCAUAAUUUCUCCCCAAUACUGUGUUCCUGUGCAGUUGCAUCUUCAAAUGUGUAAUAAAUGUCAUUUUUAUAAAGUCUG